AUGAAUUUACUUGGAAUUAAAAAAAUAAAUCAAGAAUCAUUAAGAUUAGUUGAUAGUUCAUCGGAUUUGAAUGAGAAUGAUAAUGGCGAACACAAUAAUUUAGAACUAAUAGAAGAUCAAAAUCAAAUUGAUAAUGCAGCAUCUGAGAUUGUAAGGUUAUCAAAAUUAGAUGAAAAUUUGAAAAUAUUUGAUACUAUACGAAGUAAUGAUGAUGAUGAAAGUAAUAGUGAAGGAAAGAAUAAUCAACCAACUUUCAUUAAUCCAACUGAAAAAGAACUGGAAGAAGAAAUCUUUAGAAAUAAUAAUUUACCUGAUGUUUAUCAAAUUCUUAGUAUUAGAAGAUCUCAUGAUGCAUAUUCACGUUCGGAUAGAAUUCGUGGAAUUAGACAACAGCCUGGUAUUAAUUUAAACAUCGGUUCUAAUGAUAAUGUUGAUAGAAAUACUGCAAAUCAUUUAAUUACUCAAUUAAAUAGCAAUGAUUUAAAUAGACAGACAGUCAAUAAUAGAACUAACAGAUGCUGUGCUAAUGUUUUCCAAAACAAUCCUUUGGAAAAAGAUGGAUUUUUGAUUAUAUUUUCUGACCAGAAAUUAUAUAUCAGAAUAGUAAUAACUAUAUAUGAAAAUAUUAGUGGGAGACAUGAAUAUAUUUCACGUAAUAUCACAAAUAUUGAUGCAAUAUCAUAUAUAUCAUUAGUAUCUUUAUUUAUUGAUGUUUAUAAUGGAUCAUUUUUUACAAACAAUUGCCAAAUAGGUGGAAAAUUAUUUGCGCAUAUUAUCCCUAAAGAAGUGAUAUAUUAUUUUGAAAAACCUGAUACAAUCACUUUUCAAAAUAAUUCUAUACUUACUUUAAAUGAAGAAGCUCUACGAAUUUAUAAUUUUUUUAAUAAUUCUAAUGCCCGUAAAUAA